AUGGCUGGCUUUGAUCUGAGCAGUUCGGUCAUCUAUGACGAGGAUGCCAGCUCGAAGGUGAUGGGAAUCAAAGAGUUCCACGUGGCGAAAGCUUUGUUGGAAGGUCAACAGGAGUCCUUGGGUGAACUGGUCCCUUCUCAAUGGGGCCCCGCACACCUCUUUGACCUCUGCCUCUGGUUCGGCCACAUCGACACAGCCCUGGCCUUGGUGUCGCAUGGUGUGACGGGAUGCACCUUGGAGGAUCGCCACCUGGGAGCAUUGCCAGAUGCCAGAGAUGCUGGAGAUUAUGGUUGCUUCACAUGUGGCUGCGAGGGCUGGCAGACCUGCAGCUACUGCUGCUGGGCUUUCCCUGUGGAGAACGGCGUUUGGAUGAAGGAUUGGGAUGCGCAUCUGGAUGAUGCGGCCAAUGCUGCACAGCAGGCAGCCAAGACGCCCCUCGUCAGGGGCAUCGUGGAGAUCUCCAGCCGCACCAAGACGCUCCUCUUCGCCAUGUCCGAUGCAGCGGCCGCGCGGCUGCUGGACAUCGCCAUCUUGUGUGGCAACGUCGAGGCGGCCACCAACUACCAAGCUCGGCCGCUGCGCCGGUGGGACGCAACGGAGAUGUGGCAUUUCGCAGGCUUGGCCCGGUGGGGAUCCAGAUUUUCUGCCGCACUAUAUGCAGGCGCAGAUUUUGAGGGUGUCUACGUGAGGUUGAUAGAUCAUGAUGUUCCACUUCUCCGAGUUUUGCCCGUAGCCUACGUGCGGUUUGGCCAUGUGGACACAGCCCUGGCAUUGGCUUCGCAUGGUGUGACGGGAUGCACCUUGGAGGAUCACCACCUGGGAGCAUUGCCAGACGCCAGCGAUGUUGCACCUUUGUCUGAGCGGUGUCCCUGCAAUGGCUGGAAGACUUGCAGCUACUGCUGCUGGGCUUUCCCCACGGAGAACGGCGUUUGGAUGAAGGACUGCGAUGCGACUCUGGAUGAUGCCUCAGAGGCUGCAUGGGAGGCAGCCGAGACGCCCCUCGUCAGGGGCAUCCUGGACAUAUCUAGCCACACCAAGACGCUCCUCUUCGCCAUGUCCGAUGCAGCGGCCGCGCGGCUGCUGGACAUCGCCAUCUUGUGUGGCAACGUCGCGGCAGCGGCCAACUUGGCCAAGACCUACCAAGCUCGGCCGCUGCGCCGGUGGAGGACAGAGGACUUUUGGAGUUUCGCAGACUUGGCCCGGUGGGUAUCCAGAUUUUCUGCCGCACUAUGCGCAGGCGCAGAUUUUGAGGGUGUCCUUGUGAAGUUCGUAGAUUAUGAGGUUCCGCUUCUCCGAGUUUUGCCUUUAGACUUCGAGCCAGAGGACUGGCAGCAGCUGGAGCAGGUCUUGCCAUCGGAGAAGAACCAGUGGCCAUCCUGCGACGUGAUGGCGGGUGGUCGGUUUCUGACCCGUGAGAUCCGUGAGGAUGGCCUGUGGAGGGGGAGCGUUUCGGCGCAGAGAGUCCAGAAUGCUUUGAGGGCAGGCUGGGAUCUGAAGUACAUCUGGACGAACGUGUUUGGAGGAGAACGCUGCUGUGAUGCAAGUCUAUUGGACUUGGCGGUCUUGUGUGGUCAGCAGGAAUGUGCCAGUGCUCUUGCGUCCGCUGGUGUCGAACUGAGGGUGGAUGGCUUGGCCUUGCACAGACUGGCGUUUCGCAGAGAUGGGUUGGAGGCUUUGCAGAGCGAGUUGGGUUUCGGUUCAGCCUCUGAGUGCAAGUCCGCAGCAUCUGCUGCGGCACGUGCAUUUCUCAUGAACUCCUUCAAGCGCGAAGGCGUCGAGAAGGGGAUCGCCCUCUACCAGACCUUGGCGAAAAAGUUCCACCCCAGAGGCGUUCCGAGGGCUUUGGUCCACCACAUCUUGGGUUUCUCCAUGAAAACUCCCAAGAUCUUGGAUCAGCUGGAUCUCUGGGAUGAGGUCAAGGGCUGGGACCCAUACUUGGAGGUCCUUGCAGCGCAUGGAGAUGGCACGACUUCUUCAGCAGAUUUGGAUGUCAAGGAGGCACACCAUUGCCGGAGCCGAGAUCGGAACCGCCAGUUCCGGCUGACCCGCAUGGCCACCUCAGAUCACGUCAUGCGGGUCCUGUUGGAUGCCACCGGGCCACUGUGGCAGUUGCACCGGCGGGUCUUAGAGGCCGGUUGCGAGGUGGAUCCGGACUGGAAUCCAGUCAAAGCACUUUUCGUCCCAAUCACUGAAACGCAGAUGGCUGAGUUGCAGGCGCUGUCGGAGCGUGGCUACGAACUGACCAAGACCGACCACAUCUUGGCUCUGCAAUCGGAUUACGAUGCCAUCUCCAAAGCCUUGUGCCUCAUUUGUUGCAAGAGCCGGCCGAAGCUGCAGCAAGUUCGCCCAGUUGAGAAAGGACGCGAGAAGAAUGCAGGUCCAGUAGCAGCAUCGUCUGGCCCUGGCGAUACGCCGGAUCAAGACGAAGACAUGGAUGAAGAUGAACCGCUGCUGGUCCUCGAGUCCGGCAUCCGCACCGACUCCGACGUGGGCUUCCCAUCCUAUCCGACGCUUGCCGGCCGAGUCGCAGAGGCGCUCAGGCGAAACGACCCCAACGACCACGAAACUGGAGGUGCAGAUGGCCUCUACAGGUUUCAUGGAGAUUAUGUCACCAUCACGUCACUGGAGGAAUUUCUGGUUCCGUUGAAAGCCGAAACGGGGAAGCGAGGUACUCACAUGGCGGCGACCACUCCUGGAGGUGCCUCAGGACCCGAUGAGGCCUGGGAGGACGACGAAGGUCCGGCGGCGCCGGAGGAAGAGAUGCGACAGAGGAGCGUCGGCGCAGAAGCUACCCUGUCCACACCACAGAUCCAGGUUAAGGCGCCAGAGGGUGACGCCACGGCUUCGGACACCCCGCAGAAGGCAGAUUCUGCUCCGCAGGUGCAGCGCGCCAGCUCCGGGAUUAGCUCUGGGAAGGCAGCUGCAGCCGCUGCCACCAAGAAGGCCUCUCGCUUCACUUUCAUGGGCAUGGGCCGCAAGAAGUGA